AUCAUGCCGUUAAGUGGAUUGGUGCCUUCACAUGCGUGUAUCGGACAUGAAUGCAAAAAAGGAUCCCAAUGCAUACCGUCGCCUUACGGCAACAGCUAUUCUUGCCGAUGUCAAACUGGCUGGCAAGGACGAUACUGCGAGAAAGCACCAACCUGUCGCAAGGAGCAUACCAGGGAGUACUACAGCGAGAAUGGAUGUCGGAGUCGACGACCUGUGAAGCUUGCUAAAUGUUGGGGAAGUUGCGGCAAUUCCUGUUGUUUACCGCGGAAGACUAAGCGGCGCAAGGUUCGAUUAAUUUGCGCGGACGGCAUGCGGUACACUAAGGACGUUGACCUGGUGCGUAAGUGCACGUGUACUCGUAAAUGUUACUAGCCAGUCGACGCACCGCGGCCCGAGUCUCGUCGGCGCGCAUCGAGACGUAAAACGAGACCGAGAAGAAACCCCCGGAUCCGAAGCAGCACUCCCGAGCAUACUUCCACGUGUCCUCUGAGAUGACGAAAGGAACGACAGCGGGGGCGACGAGGGCAAGCACUACGACGUGCCCUCGGCAUCCCUAUGUGUGAGGCACGUGGAUGAGAAAGUGCGUGAGGAAGUGCAGGCCAAAACUAGAUGGACACACACAUAGCUGGCUCAGUGUGAUAUGUAUUAUUAAAAAAAGAAGAAGAGAGAGGGAGAGAGAGAGAGAGAGAGAGAGAGAG